AUGACUCAGUGCAACGGCGACAAAACAGAAAGCAGCGACGGAUGCUCAGCGGGAGCGAGACAGCCAGUCAGCUUCUGCAACGUCAGCCGAGCCCACCGGGGCAGCCUCAGCGCUGUCAUCACAUCUGUGGAGUCGACCCGGCAGGCAGAGCGCGGCCAGGAUGACUUGGAGAGGCGCGGCGGCGGCUUGACUGGGAGCAGCCGCUUAGCGCUUCAGGCGGACGAUGUGGGUCGCAUGUGGAGAUACUGGCCGUUUGUUGCUGUGUUAGUCAUGGAUUGGAUGCAGUGGAGCCUCGUACCGGCGCCGACCGGAAGCGCCUGGGCCGCCGUGCCUCAGGAGCUGAACGACACGCUGGCUCUGACCACGGCUCUGGGCUGCAGCCUGCUGGCCUGCGAGACGUGCAUGCUGAACGUCUGCCUGGAUCCUGUGAGCUAUGAAGCCAGUGAGGACAAGGCUUGCAAGGAGCCCCUACUAACCGACCCAGAUGAGCCUCCACCGGUGCCAGUAAUGCUGGCCGAGCCGGCCCCCGUGGCCUCCGUCACCCUGGAGCGCUCCGAGCCGGCCUACACAGAAUACCCCGACCCUGGGCAGCCAGGGCACACAGGCAGCGACUCCCAGCCUGAAAACCCCCAGGAGGGCCUGAGGGAGCACCUGAAGAAGACCCUGGAGUUCUGUCUGUCCAGGGAGAAUCUGGCCAGUGACAUGUACCUCAUCUCCCAAAUGGACAGCGACCAAUACGUGCCAAUUGUGACGGUGGCCAACCUGGACCACGUCAAGAAGCUCAGCACUGACGUGGAGCUGAUCGUGGACAUUUUACGAUCUUUGCCAUUGGUCCAGGUGGAUGAGAAGGGCGAGAAGGUGCGACCCAAUCAGAACCGCUGCAUCGUGAUCCUCAGAGAGGUUCCAGAGAGCACACCUAUAGAGGAGGUGGAGGCCCUGUUCAAAGGGGACAACCUACCCAAGUUCAUCAACUGUGAAUUUGCCUACAACGACAACUGGUUCAUCACCUUUGAAUCAGAAGCAGAUGCACAGCAGGCAUAUCAGUAUCUCCGCGAGGAAGUGAAGACCUUCCAGGGGAAGCCCAUUAAGGCGAGGAUAAAGGCGAAGGCAAUCGCUAUCAACACUUUCAUGCCAAAGAACGGUUACCGGCCGGUGGAGGUGAACCCGUACGCCCAGCAGCGCUACACGUCCUACUACAUCCCCCCGGUGUACAGCCCCCAGCAGCAGUUCCCCCUGUACAGCCUCAUCACGCCGCAGGCCUGGUCGGCCACACACAGCUUCAUCGACCCGGCGCUGGUUGCUCCGUUUCACAACAACCAGUUCAUCAACGGAUUCACGACGUCACACAGCUUCAAACCGGCGUCGCCGCUCACCGUCAGACACUUCUCACCCAGAAACAGGAAUCACAGCAAACCCCACCUGAGGCCGACCCUCCCCACGGCCGAUCGCAGCGCCGGGCUCCUGGACAGCCCCAGCCUGUUUCCCAGCUUCCCCAGCGAGCGGCUGAACGGGGUUCGCAGCAGCCCGCCGACCCGCCUCCCCGGCAGCCAGCCCAGGACCAGGCUGCCCUCGGCCACGGCCUUCCCCCGCAGAGACACGGUGGGCACCGGCCGGGUGACGGAGCCCAGCACCCCCGACUACUCCCUGGGCAUCGGCCGAGGAAGGAAAAAGAGGGACGAAAAGUUUACAAGAGUGACGCCUCCGUCGCCGCCGCCGCCUCCCAAACCUCCGUCUCCGAGCUUCGAGCUGGGCCUGUCCAGCUUCCCUCCGCUGCCCGGAGCCGCCGGCCAGCUCAAGACCGACGACGUGUUCGACAACCGGCUGGCCAGCAGUGUCGUGGUCGGAACCGCCAAGGAACGGAACGUCAGCGCCGACUCCACCAGUGGAGGAGUUGUGUCUCCGGCCGGCCCCAAAGAGCCCCUCCGGCCCUCCGCCUCCCCGAUGCCCACCAGCUUCCAGCCCUCGCCAGCCGCCCCGACCCCGGCCUCGGCCCCAACGCUGAGCCCGGCCGCCGCCACGCCGCUCAGCCCCGCCCCCUCCACCCCUGCACCGGAGGCCAAGGUGACGGAGGUGAAGCCGAAGGAGGUGCAGCUCUCUGUGGAGCGGGUUCCCGGCACUCUGUCCACCGCCAGCAAGUCGGUGCAAGUCAACGGAGCUGCGACGGAGCUGAGGAAACCUUCCUACGCUGAGAUCUGCCAGCGGGUGAAGGACGCUCCAACAUCGCAGCCGCCGCCGACCCCCAAGGAAGCCAAGCCAGCCUGCAGCGCCCCCGCAGGCGAGGAGAGGAAGUGCGCCGACACCUCCACCCCCCCGGGGGAGGCCAAGGCCAGAGAGACUCACCACCCCUCCUCCAAAGCCGGCUCCGCCGCCCCGGCCAGGCCCCCCAAGGAGGCCCGGAGGCCGGCCGGGCGGUGGGCUUCCCCGCCGCCACAUCCAGGGAAAACCCCCAGCAAGGAUCCCCACCACACCCCCCCCAAGUCCCCCCAGUAGGGAGACCCGGUAAAAAAGGAAAUCAAGUCAGGGCUACUCAACACUUUACCCCAGAACCACCAGUCACAAGCAUAGAGGACGCCUUCUUUCUGGAUCAGGGCUUGCAGACAAAAAGCACUUUACUGUGCAUGUAGAGCACCGUUUCAUUCUUUUACUCUAUUUAUUUGCUUCUUUUUUUAAUUUCACUUUGACUUUCCUUUCCUCUCUUUGCAUUGGUUGUGUCAGACAACACUGAAGUCAUUCACCGUGUCCACAUGGCCUUGUGGGGUUUACCUGAGCAGCAGAGGAGCUGGUGGUGGCUCCGCCCAGGGCUCGUCUGCAUGCCGCCGCCGUCGUGCAACUUUAUGUAGCUGCGUUAUUAGUCCAUGUGUUUUUAAGUACAUAAUCGCAUCCAUAUGCAACCUGGCAGGAUCCUGGGCCUCGCCGAUCAUUUCUUUACACUACUCCGUCGCUGCACUUCUUCCUCCUGCUGGUCGCUAGUUUACUGUUUGAGGUGACGGUCAGGAACCUGCUGGGAAGUCUGGAAGGGAGGGGGAAGAGGUGGAGGUGUUUAAUGUCCUGGAGUCGUGCUGUCAGCAGGGAGACUGGAGGGCAGGGUGCAGGUGGUGCUGAGGCUGUGGACGGGAAGGUGUUGUGGUUAGAUGUUCCACUGUUCAGACGGUUCCUCGUGGUGCUACACAUCCACCCUGGAGGCUCCUCUACACGCUACGUACACAUACUUGAUUUACAUCCACAGAGCUGUGGGUUCAUCAGAUGGUCCUGUCUGACCAGAGAAAGGGAACCGGUCCUGACAGAGACCCGAUCAGAGGAAACCAUGCAGCGCCGCCUUUAGCUCCUGCUCGUCUGAAGCGUGUCGGUUCUGGUGUCGGUUCAGGUGUCGGUGCAGAGCUGCAGCGGUUUGGCCUGAAACGUGUGAAUAUGAGCGAUGAAGAAGGAAAGUGAGAUGUUGUAAAGACCUGGAGUGUUUCUGUGAAGCCGAUGAAGGGAACCGACGAGUGGGUUUUCUGGGAAAGUAGCUGUGAUGUUGGAUUGUGAGAGAGGUUCAAGUGAAGAGUGGAACCGGACACUUAACCGAACUGACGGGUUUUCAGGGAAACUGAGAGCUGCUCGUGUCUCCUCCAGUCUUGGCCACUAGAGGCGCGUCGCUGUCGCCUGCUAUCGUCAGAUUUCUUCUCGUUUGUUUGCACUCUUUUGGUUUCUCCUGGUUCUUGUUGGAGAAGAUGGCCGGCAGCGCGCAGACCUCCUCCUGCUGCUGGGCUCCCGUUGUCUGGAAUCAGACCCAAAGCACAGAUUCAGAGGAAAGAAACUGGACUCGAGGUUUGAGAUGCCGAUUUGAGCGUCUGGGUUUAACGGGAGUGAAGCAGCAGGAGGAGCUGAAGCCUGGGAGGGAGCUGGUUGGGCGUUCUGUCUACCGUAGCAGCCACUCGGGCAGAACCAGCCGAGCGUCAGUACAUCUGAACCAGACGCGAGUUUCCUCCUGCAGCCCAGUGCUUCAGUUGAUCUUUAGAGUUGACACCAGAUGCAAACGCCCUUAAAACCACUGAACUCUCCAGAUGAUCAGCUUGAGGGAACCUCCGUGGACCUCAGCGUCUCGCUCUAGUCUUCCUGCAGUAAAGCAUUCUGGGUAAUCCCACUGAGAGGAAACAGGAAGGGAACGCUCGGCUCAGAGCCGCUCUGUGAUUUGGACGCUAAAGCUUGAGUUUAGUUGAAUAAAACUAAAUCUGUUUUUGAUUUUGAAGGACUGAGAUGCACUUGGAUGGUCGAUGAUUAUUCUGUUUAGUUUUUGGAGACGCACCAUAUCCACGUAUUUAUGAACCAUCGCUGUUUUACUCCAUGAGAAAUAUCGUUAAGUUUUCUUUUUUUGGGAGAAGAAAAAAAUCGAGAUGAUGCAUCGAGGUCAAAAUGUACAAAAAAUAAUUUCCAUCCAGUGUUUGAGAAACUUGAAUUUUAUUUAAACUUGAAAAAUGACUUUGCCUUAACUUUUAUACGAGACGAGCUUAGAGUUUAUUUCUUUUCAAAAAAAAAAUCCCCAAAACGUUCCCGAAGCGUGACGAAGCGUGGAAGAUGUCCAGCGGAGGUCACGAGUCUCCCUGAGAUCAGAUCUGCAGCGUUUUCUUUCUUUUCCCUCCUUUUGUUUUGGGUUUUUGUAAAAUGUACGAAACAGAAUCGUUUGAUUGUUCUUUUGGUUUCUUGUUUAAUAGUUUCAGGUUUUUUUUCUUUUUGGGGAAAAAUAUAAACCAUGUAAAUGCAAAACUAGUCGAUACUGUAUUAAAUCUGUGCACUUUGAGGUGUGUGCUUUGCUUGUACAGUUGUAAAUACUCAGAAAAUAUAAGAGGUACCUUAAAAUGAUUAUAAAAAUAUAUUGAUCCUUGUUAACUAUACUGUCGCUAUCGAGCUGGAUGUAGGAUAUAAAACUUGUUGUUGUGCUUUUUGGAAAUACUUUUCUUUAACUUUUUUUUAUUUUACUUUGGGUGUGCGGACUUUGCCUCUGGAGCAGUCGUCUGAUUGUACGUUUCUGUUUGUCGUCCUUCAUUCCAUUUUUAACGGUCGCCCGGCUGCUCAGGUGCGACCGUGGCCCCGCCCUCUUCUCCUCGCCGUGCCCAUAUUUGGGCGCCGACAGCCGCGUGUCCACCAGCGUCCUCUUUGCUGCUCCUCCUGCUGUUCGUGCAUGUUUUCACGAGCAUGUUUUUGCUUCUUUUGAGCAGAAAAAAGUCCCGGAGCUCCUGUCAGGUCGAAGCACUACAUUGACUGACUGCAGCAGGAGCUCAGGUGUGUUUGCCUUUCUGACACGGACACAAGGAGGCGUCACGGAGUCCAAUACACUAACGCUCGUCAUGUUUAAUCAAACCGCAUCGUGUGACCGACAGGAGCCGAUCAAUAUUCAUGAUCACACUGAUCGAUGUUUGGAGCCGUUUGCAGUAAACGUUUAAAUCUCUGGACACAAACUCAGUGGAAACCUCUUUUUUUGUUUUAAUUGGACUUUCCAGCGUUGGUCCCUCGACUCUGAUUGGCUGUGUGUCGCUACGAUCAGCCAAUCAGAGCUGCAAGAUUUAAUUAGAUUUAUUGGGAAUCAGUUUCCAAUAAAACGAAACCACAAAACGUCCGACAUCAGCUCCGAUAGUCUGUCGGUCGGUUUGUAGCGGCAGGAAGGCGUCCACCAGCUUCUGCUUCAUGGCGUUUAUUUGAUGGUCUGAAACCUGCUGUUUUCUGUCCGUAUUUAAAGAUGUGAUGCGUCGAGUCACCGGAGGAGCAGACCGGUUAGCGUAGCUUAGCAUAAAGACUGGAAGUGGGUGCAAACUGCUAGCCUGGUUCACUCAUAGUGACACAAGCUAAUUGUAAAAACGAGCCUUUGUGGUUGAACUGAAGCUGCGGAGCUUCACUGGACACCUGGGCGUGUUUUUUCUGCUGUGAGGACGUGAUGACGGAGACGGUGGUGCAGCUGAAGGUGUCUCUGAGUCCAGACUUUAUGUGACGCUAAAGUGAGGAUUCAGGAUUUAGCAGCAGGACGUUUUUUAAACAGGAACUGAAACGUUUUUAGGAAGAAGAUGAAGCAAUUCAGAGCAACACGAAGCUUCGUUGAAGCAUCGAGUCAAACGAGACAAAAGAACUUGAAUCAAACUGGAUCUAGAAUUUGGUGCUUGAACAGUUUCCUGCUCAGCUGGAGCUUCAGUGAGUUCUGAUCCGAUGUUACUGUCCUGAACAGUAGAGCUCAUCACAGACUCAGUCAGUCGAGUCGCUUCGACUGCUGUGAAUAUUUCGCUUUUCUCUGGUUCUGUUUGGGUCGAGUGCGUCCUGAAGGUUCUGGUCGGUUGGGUUUCCGGCUCUGCAGCAGGAGCCGGUGGUUCUGUGAGAAUACGGACAGAAAACGAGGUUUUUCAGAGGAACCCUGAAAAGCAGAAACCCGGCGGGACUUGAACUCUGCUGGAAAAGAGCGGCGCUGAUGGACACGACCCGGUUCGGUCCUCCACUUAUAACGCAGCAAAAUAAAGCACAUGGGAAUCAGUGGUGGCACCGAGACGACAGCGGCGGUUCUGAGAUCCAGUGGAUCAGCCAAAACCACUCUGUUCUGCUCCCCAGUUAUCGUACAUGUACAAAUACUGUCUCAUGGUUACUGUCGCUUUGUUUGGGGACGGAUGCAACUGGAAUCGCAGGUUUCAGUUCUGCGGCACAUACAGCAGGUAGAAGUCUGUCAGAACCGUCUGAAACCCGGCACGGCGCCACGAUCAGCUGUUGGACCUGUACAUACCGACGGACUGGUUUUUCACGCCGAGGUCGAACUCUGAUCACAAACUGAGCAUCCCUGAACUGUGAAUGUGUGCAUGUGUGGAAUAAAUAAAUGUACCACCAGAACCAGGCGGAUGUUUGUGGAGUUUGGACCUCAGACGGGUUCUAGAGCAGCUCCUCCUCCUUCUCACGGACUCAGCAGGAGCUUCUUCAUAUCAGCCUUAGCCUCCUGCUUCAGUGCCAUCGUUCUUCUGUUCUCCCUCCGGUUGCAUCUCGUCUGCUCGUGUUUGUUCUGUUGUUCUGAGAUCCGACUGGACCUGUGUCGACUCACUGUGGUUUAACUCAUUAACAUGCUAACAGCUGUGGACAAUCGGUCGUGUCGAGUUCGGACGGAUUUCUUUGCCUAACGACACCUUUAACAGAUGUGGGACGGAGGUUCGAUCAAGAGGGCUUCUCUUCUGUUGUUUGACUGUUUUUUGUUAUUUUGGGUCUUUUUCUUCCAUCGAGACUGGAAUCAAGCGUACAUGUCGGCUAUAGAUAAUUUAAGUUACUCUUGUGUCAUGAUGUAAAACUGUCUAAUUUGGAGAAAAAAAUGUAGCUUACUGAAAAAUAAAGAUUUAGGCACUGUUGAGGAGCCGCUGUC